GGUGAAGCGGCCGCCCCGCCCGCGGCAGGUGGCGGGGUCCACGGUGCCCUCCCGCCUCCAUGGCUGCGCGGGACCCCCGGCCCGCACCCCGAGCCCACCCUCCUGCCCGCCCCCCGGGGGCCGGCUGCGCGGCGGCGGCGGCAAGAUGCGGUCUGCGCUCCCGGGGAGCAGAAGUUAGAGACUCGCCGAGGGGGGAGCCCGCGCCGCAGCUUCCUGCCCCCGGCCCAGCCCUCUGGCCCUGCCGGCUGCAGCCUGACUUCCUCCCCCCGCCCCGCAGCGCGCCGCCCGGCUCCUCGGACGGGGCCACCCCGAUGGGACGCCGUGCCCCGGUGCCUGCACGCCGCUGAGCCGAGCGCCCGCUGCCGCCUGCCCGAACGGGAGCCCCCGGCCCCGGCCCCCGGGAAAGCUGGAUUUCCGUGGCUGGAGGCGCCUAGCCGGCUGGGUGGGGACCACCAUGGGCAACGCGGCCGGCAGCGCCGAGCAGCCCGCGGGCCCCGCCACACCGGCGCCCAAGCAGCCCGCGGCGCCCAAGCAGCCGAUGCCCGCGGCCGGAGAGCUGGAGGAGAGGUUCAACCGGGUGCUGAACUGCAUGAACUUGCCCCCAGACAAGGUCCAGUUGCUAAGCCAGUAUGACAAUGAGAAGAAAUGGGAGCUCAUCUGUGACCAGGAGCGGUUUCAAGUCAAGAACCCUCCCACAGCCUAUAUCCAGAAGCUGAAGAGCUACCUGGAAACUGGAGGGGUCAGCCGAAAGGUGGCAGCUGAUUGGAUGUCCAAUCUGGGGUUCAAGAGACGUGUCCAGGAGUCCACGCAGGUGCUUCGGGAGCUGGAGAUCUCCUUGAGGACAAACCACAUUGGGUGGGUGCAGGAGUUUCUCAAUGAGGAGAAUCGGGGCCUGGAUGUGCUCCUGGAGUACCUGGCCUUUGCCCAGUGUUCUGUCACGUAUGACAUGGAGAGCACAGAUAAUGGGCUCCCUGGCUCAGAGAAAAGCAAGCCGCUGGAGCAGUCAGUGGAAGACCUCAGCAAGAGCCCGCCCUCCUCUGUGCAAUCACAGCCCAAGAGCCGCCAUCUGACCAUCAAGUGUCCCCCUUCUCCCCGGCUGACCCCUGCCCACAGCAGGAAGACUCUGCGGAACUCUCGCAUUGUCAGCCAGAAGGAUGACGUCCAUGUCUGUAUCAUGUGCUUGCGUGCCAUCAUGAACUACCAGUCUGGCUUCAGCCUCGUCAUGAACCAUCCAGCCUGUGUCAAUGAGAUUGCACUGAGCCUCAACAAUAAGAACCCCAGAACCAAGGCUUUGGUGUUGGAGCUGCUGGCAGCUGUGUGCCUGGUGCGGGGAGGACACGACAUCAUCCUUGCAGCCUUUGACAAUUUCAAGGAGGUGUGUGGGGAGCAGCACCGUUUUGAAAAGCUGAUGGAAUAUUUCCGGAAUGAGGACAGCAACAUAGACUUCAUGGUGGCCUGCAUGCAGUUCAUCAACAUUGUGGUACAUUCGGUGGAGAAUAUGAACUUCCGUGUCUUCCUGCAAUAUGAAUUUACCCACCUGGGCCUGGACCUAUACUUGGAGAGGCUUCGGUUGACCGAGAGUGACAAGCUGCAGGUGCAGAUUCAGGCGUACCUGGACAAUGUGUUUGACGUGGGCGCCCUGCUGGAGGACACUGAGACCAAGAACGCUGUGCUGGAGCACAUGGAGGAGCUACAGGAGCAAGUGACCCUGCUGACAGAGCGGCUUCGGGACGCGGAGAACGAAUCCAUGGCCAAGAUCGCAGAGCUGGAGAAGCAGCUCAGCCAUGCCCGGAAGGAGCUGGAGACCCUGCGGGAGCGCUACACCGAGGCCACCUCUGCGGUCGCCGCCAGGCGCCCCCCGGAGCCUGGGAAAGUGCCAGCCUCCGUGCCGGCGCGGCCCUCGGCGCUCGAGCUGAAGGUGGAGGAGCUGGAGGAGAAGGGGUUAAUCCGGAUCCUGCGGGGGCCCGGGGAUGCGGUCUCCAUCGAGAUCCUCCCGGUCGCUGUGGCAACCCCAGGCGGCGAGGAGGCGCUGACUCCGGAGGUGCCCGCCAGCUCCCCCAGCUCAGAUCUCGCACCUGCAGCUGAGCGCCUUUCGGGAGCAGCACCCCGGCCGCCGCAGCCGCCGCCGCCGCCGCCGCCUCUGCCCGGACUCCAGUCUCAGCAGGAAGCCCCGCCCCCGGCGCCCCCCUUGGCCCCGCCCCUCCCGGGGAGCCUCGAGCCCCCGCCCCCGCCGCCGCUGCCAGGAGGCCCGUCGCCCCCCCCGCCGCCGCCCGACACAGAUGGGCCGGUGCCUCCGCCGCCCCCACCGCCGCCAGGAGGUCCUACUGAUGUCCUUGGAGGGCCGGGCUCAGAGAUGGGUCCAGGAAUGAAGGCCAAGAAACCCAUCCAGACCAAGUUCAGGAUGCCACUCUUAAACUGGGUGGCCUUGAAGCCCAGCCAGAUCUCGGGCACUGUCUUCACUGAGCUCAACGACGAGAAAGUGCUGCAGGAGCUAGACAUGAGUGACUUUGAGGAGCAGUUCAAGACUAAGUCCCAAGGUCCCAGCCUGGACAUCAGUGCUCUUAAGAGUAAGGCAGCCCAGAAGGCCCCCAGCAAGGCCACGCUCAUUGAGGCCAACCGGGCCAAGAACCUGGCCAUCACUCUGCGCAAGGGCAACCUGGGGGCUGACCGCAUCUGCCAGGCUAUUGAGAUGUAUGACCUCCAGGUCCUUGGCUUGGACUUCCUGGAACUGCUUACCCGCUUCCUGCCUACCGAGUAUGAACGCAGCCUCAUUGCUCGCUUUGAGCGGGAGCAGCGGCCGAUGGAGGAGCUGUCAGAGGAGGACUGCUUCAUGCUUCGCUUCAGCCGUAUUCCACGCCUGCCUGAGCGCAUGGCUACACUCACCUUCCUGGGCAACUUCCCAGACUCUGUCCAACUGCUCAUGCCGCAACUGAAUGCCAUCAUUGCAGCCUCCAUGUCCAUCAAAUCCUCUGACAAACUCCGACAGAUCUUGGAGAUUGUCCUGGCCUUUGGCAACUACAUGAAUAGCAGCAAGCGUGGAGCAGCCUAUGGCUUCCGACUCCAGAGUUUGGAUGCGUUGCUAGAGAUGAAGUCCACUGACCGCAAGCAGACGCUGCUGCACUACCUGGUGAAGGUCAUUGCUGAGAAGUACCCACAGCUCAUGGGUUUCCACAGUGACCUGCACUUCCUGGACAAGGCAGGCUCAGUGUCCCUGGACAGUGUCCUUGGGGAUGUACGCUCUCUGCAGCGAGGCCUAGAGCUGACCCAGCGAGAGUUUGUGCGGCAGGACGAUUGUGUGGUUCUCAAGGAGUUUCUGAGAACCAAUUCGCCCACCAUGGACAAGAUGCUGGCAGAUAGCAAAACAGCUCAGGAGGCCUAUGAGUCUGUGGUGGAGUACUUCGGAGAGAAUCCCAAGACUACAUCUCCCUCCAUGUUCUUUACCCUCUUUAGUCGCUUCAUCAAGGCCUACAAGAAAGCUGAGCAGGAAGUGGAGCAGUGGAAGAAAGAAGCAACUGCCCAGGAGGCAGGUGCCGACACCCAGGGCAGAGGGGAGCUCCCAGCACCCAAGUCUCCUACCAAGGCCCGACGGCAACAGAUGGAUCUUAUUUCUGAAUUGAAACGGAAGCAGCAGAAAGAGCCUCUCAUCUAUGAGAGUGACCGUGAUGGGGCCAUUGAAGAUAUCAUCACAGUGCUCAAGACGGUGCCAUUCACUGCCCGCACGGGCAAGCGGACGUCCAGGCUUCUCUGUGAGGCCAGUCUGGGAGAGGAGAUCCCCCUCUAGCCCCCAGAUCUUCGCAACCAGCCUUACAUCCGUUCAGAUACAGGCCGUAGAAGCGCCCGUAGGCGGCCCCCAGGACCUCCCCUGCAGGUCACUUCGGACCUCUCCCUGUAACCUGUUGACUAUGCAGAUGGACUCCGCAGGCUGGGAUGGGGUGGGGGUACUUUCUUAAGCUGCGGCUUAAGAAAGGUGAUCGUCAACUGGGCUGGGCCGGGUCCCCAGCGUGGGUCCACCUCAAGUGGGCCGGCAUACCUAUAUCUUGCCACUGGGGGGCAGCAUCGCCGCCCCCUCCCUCCAAAUUCUGCUCGCAGCACUCCUUUCCGCUCAGCUUCAGCGGGAGCCUGGCCUGUAAUUUAUAAAAUACAACCUCGCCCCAUCCCAACUCCUACCAUCCCUAGCUCCCGGGACUCUCCAUGGACCUUAUUUUUAUACAAGAUUAAUAAAGAUGUUUGCAAAA